CCACUCAUUCAAUGAGGCGAUACGCAACUUUGAGAACCCGGUGGAUAUGGUGAGGGUUCUGUUAGAUGAAUUCGACGCUGCUCUAGGAAAUAGAUUGAAGUGGGAAGAAAAAUAUCGAAUUGAGCGUCGCAAAGUGUCGGAGAUGACCGAUCAGCUUAUCGCAAAAGAUCGGGAAUGGGAACAUAAAUGGCAAACACAAAUGACUUAAGUGGAAAAGCAACAAGAUAUGGAUAGUCAGCAUAUGGUCCAAUAUGAGCGAAAGAUUCAGGAAAUGGGAACCCGUUUGGACGAAUCAGAAAAGAAACAUAGCUCCCACCAAAGACAGCUCGAAAAGACGUACCAUUCAAAAAUGAGGCAUCUUGAAGAAGAAGCAAAGCAAGCAAUAGAUACUCUGGAACAAAAGAUCGCUGAUACGGAAAGAAGGAGCGCAGAAGAUCUCCGAAAAGGUGAAGCAGAGGCAAAGGCACUGAGCGAUGAACUUGCCACCGUCAACAAAGCCAACGAGAAAUUGGAUCUGGAGCGUAAGCAUCUACAACAAGACCUCGAAGAUGCGCAACGCAAAUCACAGCACUCUAAGCGCAAACUCGAGGUUUCGGCGAAAGAGAUCCAAGAAGCCAAAAACGCUCUUAUCGCCGCGGAGAAGGAGAAAGAACACUUGACAGAGCAGAGCCGACGGUUGCAGCAAAAUCUCUCGAAGUACAGCGCUCUUUCGAGCAGACGCGAGAGAAGCUAGCCAUUUCUCAAACGGAAGCGCAAGAAAUCAUCGAUGAAUGGCAUGUCAUCAGCACGAAGCUCCAGGAAACGAAAGAGCAA